CCAGAUCUCUCUCCAGCUCGCCCUAGUCAGACAAUGAACCUUAUCGCACUCUGCGAGUCUUGGACGUGGAGCAGCUGCUCUGGUUGCUAGCUGCAUACUUUUUGUCUGAACUUUUCAGCAGAACCUGCACAGAUCCAAGCCAAGCCUGUUAGAAUUGGCCCUGACAUUUGCUAGUUACUACUCAGCAGCCAUUUCGCGAUUUAGCGUUGCAUUAGAAGAUGGCCCCUCGCACAAGCAUUCACGCUCUUUCGGACGACAUUCUCAUCAGGAUACUGUGGCGUUACAACCAACCCGCGCCUCCCACGAUUUGCAAACCGGACAGCGAUGAUGUUUGGGAAUCUCUAGGACGGAGGCCGAAGUACGUCACUGUAAACCUUCCAGACGAAAAGGCCAUUCUUUCAGUAUACAGGCCUCCCUUGCCUCCUCCUCCUCCCUUUACGGAUGUCCCUCUGGGUCUCCGCAUCGCAUCCGUUUGCCGGCGAUGGCGUAGUUUCGCGAAGCGUCAUGUCACCACGCUUGUAGUCAAGGAAAACCUAGUCUUCUCAUUCCGAGAGCUUUCAGCUGCUGUCGCGUGUUUUCCGAGCCUGACUUACCUACAGUUAUGCGACAACAGCGUCGAGACUCUAGACGACACGUUCCUUACUCACCUCGCCUCGUCAUGUCCGAAGCUGACCUCUCUCCACGUGGGCCACAAGAUCACACAAGAUAUGAAAUACGACGCGAGGAAGGAAUUGCAUCCGAUUACCGAAGAUGGUCUGGAUCAAUUCUUUCUGCAGUGCACUCAACUGGAGGAGCUUUCUCUCUUCUGCCUCCACCAAGAUAUCCGCCUACCGCCGUCGUUCUUUCAGCUGACGAGAUUGCGCACUGUUGCUUUAACAGACGCCUCAGCACUCGAGUCUCCUAGUCUCGGGAACUUUCGUUGUCUAACAUCUCUUUACAUUGCCUCACAGAAGAUCAGCCAGCAGCAACUUUCAGGGCUGGUUCGCCUCCCGAGCCUCAACAACCUUUCCAUUUACAACUACACCAGAUUGAUUCGGAACGAACAGCGCGCUGCUGCAAUCGCCAUCGCGCAGAUUCCUCGCCUCAAGUCGCUGGAGUUCAGGGUGAUGUUUCCUUCAGGAACGCCUUGCACGAACCUCGAGCGGUUGCGGAUCACCAGCUCCAGACACCUGGACCGGCUUCCUGAUCGCAUCGGCGACCUGCUGCCGAACCUCCGCGAGCUGAAUUUCCGCUUCUGUGAGCUCUUCUUUCAUCUGCCUCAGGAUUUUACCUCCCUGAAUAGCCUGGAGAGCUUGGUGAUCUCCAUGUGUAAUUCAUUUUCCCGCCUGCCUGAAGACUUUGGGAGACUGCCGGCACUGAAAACGCUGGUCCUGGACGAGCUGCCUCGUCUCUGCCAUCUCCCUGCCUCCCUCUCCGAACUCUCCUCCCUCGAGACGCUCUUCCUGAUUGGAUCCCCGGAAAUCCGCCAGCUGCCAGCAGGCUUCUGCUCCCUCACCGGUCUGAAAACGCUCUGCCUGAUGAAGAUGCCAGGCAUAGUGCUUCCAGAGGGUAUCGGCGGCCUCAGCAGUCUCCAGACGUUCCUUCUGAACGACAAUGACCAUCAUCAGUUGCUUCCGGCCUCAUUCACGCAGCUGUCUUCCUUGACCCGGCUGGAGCUGUCUAAAAUCACAAUGGACAACCUUCCAGCGGACAUAGGGAAUCUCAUUAGGCUGCGGCAGCUGCACGUCCAUUGCUGCACCGUCAACGAGCUUCCAGAGUCCUUGACAUCGCUUUCGAAACUCGAAGUGCUGACAUUCGUUGAAUGUCGCGAGCUGAUGGUUCCAAGCGGAUUGGAAAACCUCAGGAAGCUGAAACGACUGGAGCUGCCGUGUGAGCCGCCUCAACCGCUGCCACCUUCUCUUGAGGUUCUCACGCUGGGAAGCAAAAAGAAUUUCACCUCCCUGCCAGACAUUGCCAUGCCAGCAAGCCUCCAAAAGUUGUCCUUCACGUUUGUUGAGAUGCAGUCUGGGGGGAUGGUGCUCAGCAGGAGCCUGGCUAACCUGCAACACCUGGAGCUGGUUUUGGAUGAAUCAGUCAAGGCGAUUCCAUUCCCCUUGAUCUCCCUUCCUCAUCUGCGAACUCUGGAGAUUCUGAGUGCUGGUAUCCUCGAGGAGCUUCCCAGCAACAUCGGAUCUGCAAUGCCGCAGCUGCGGCAGUUGCUGAUUCACGAAGCUGAUUCGCUGACAGAGCUGCCAGCAUCAGUCACCCAGCUGCAGCACCUGACCUCCUUGGAAGUCUGGGCACCCAAGCUAGCUUCUGUUCCCCAUGACAUUGGAGCGUUGUCCCAACUGCGAAGGCUGGAUCUGUCCAACUGCUUGGCCCUGGAGCAGCUUCCCUCCUCUCUCACCCAGCUCUCCUGUCUCCACGAGCUGGUUCUCAAGAACACCUCCAUCCGCUCACUUCCUCCCAGCUUUGCUCAUCUCACCCGGUUGAGAACGCUGAAUCUGAAUAAGUGCAAGCAGCUGGCAGCUCUGCCAGAGGACCUGACUGAGCUGAGGAUGCUGCACCGCUUGGAUGUUGGAGGGUGCAGGCAGUUCUUGGACAGAGGGGGGGUGCGGGCACUUGCAGCCAGUAGUAUGUAUGGGUUGAGGAUAGAUCGGGAGUAGGUUAUCAACUUAUACAUUUGUAAUGUAUGACUAGUUAUAGGCUAGGCAGGUACGUGCUAUUAGGGAGUACAACCCACAACUCAUGUACCGUAUUCUCAGAAUAACGCAAUGAACUAGAA